AACCUGUUGAGCGGCUUGCACUUCUUAUUAGCAAGACAAUUAAAUAAAUUUCGAUUAGAAAUUUCCGUCCGACUUCGGUGCCGCUUCUAAAUUUACGCUUCCCCAUUGAACGGGCGUUAUUUUUAAACUUUAUUUACAACAAAAAUUGCAUCACAAAACAGAAGUGUUUACGCCGUUCGACUAUCCGUAGUAUCCAGUGCAGUGAAAAAUAGCGUGCAAUCGAACCGAUCGAUGGGAAAGACGCAUGAAAUCCUGCUGGACUUGAAGAGGAGCUCCGCGAACGAGCAAUGGGGCUUCAGUCUGGUCGGCGGGUCGGACGUUAAGACGCCUCUCAUCGUCACCAAAGUGGGCUUCGGGUCUCCCGUCGAAGGGAGCCUGCACAGAGGCGACAUAAUCACCAAAAUCGGCAACUACGACGCGCGGGACGUCCGCCACCAGGACGCCCAGAACCUCUUCAGGAACGCCGGUAACAACGUCAGAGUCGUAGUUCAAAGGGAGCAUGCACCGCGUAGCACCGGCUCGUCGAGGACGAGCUCGCACAACUACAGCCCUCUGUCGAUAUCGCCGCAUCUGUCUCCGAAGGGCGCCGUCCCGUCGGGAUACAGCCCAGGAGGAUCGGCUUUGACGCCCUACUACACGACGCCGCUGACGCCCAUCGACAAUAACUAUUUUGAAACUUACGAGUACGAUCCGAAGAGAAGAGACGACGAUCAACAAGAGACUCAUGUCACUAAGCAGCCCUACCGUACUACUCCACUAGUACUUCCCGGUGCCAAAGUGAAACACGAACAAAAACCCACGGAGAGUUACCUCCGUCACCAUCCGAAUCCUUCGGUUAGGGCUCCUCCGGUUCCUUCGCAUCGUUACACAGCGGACUUCGGAGCAGGACCAAAGAUUGUUAACAAACAAUUUAAUUCCCCGAUUAACUUGUACAGCGAUACGAACGUAGCUGACACGAUGUACAAGCAAACAGGAGUGAAACCACAACCCCGUAGGCAAGUGAAAUUCAACCCGUCCGAAAGCGAGACGUACAAAGCGCUGCAGGAGGAGGAAUUGGGCGACAACAUCCAAGAAGUGACCGUUCCACCGCAAAGUAAAGUGUACACGCCUAACAAGAUGGUUUCCGGAAAGAAACCAAUUUUGGUCGUGAAUCAGAAUCCUCAAUACACAAACGCCAUUGGAAACGAUCCCGAAGUAAUCCAACAAAGCGGUUCGUUCAAGAGGUUGAUGUGGAGCGUCCUUCCAUCUAGCCAAUAUUGAAAUUAAUUAAAACACGAAUCUGGUAACAAAACGAUAUAUUUACCUAUAAAAUGUAAGAUGUCGAAGUGCCCGUCAAAUUGAUCGGCCGUUUCGCAAACACGUAAGGCCACGUUGGGCGGAUGAAAUUGACGGGUCAUUCGGGUUAAUUGCAUAUCGAUUAAAGCUUUACAAACGCUUUAAUUCGCCAUUAUUGUCGUCUCUGUUUUUUUUUGUUUAUUUAUUAAUUUUAUUUGAAACGAAUUUUAUUGAACGAGUAUAAUCUAGUCGAGUUUAUUAAAUUUUAGUUCAUUGCGCUAUAAUUGCGGGUUGUCCAAUUUAUAGAUGUAAGUUAUCUUUGGAGUGUUGUUUAUUUAUUCGAUAUGAAAGUAUUUUACUUGUAAUAUUAAUUAAAUAUAUAUUUUCUGAAAUUAGUUUCGUUUUAUUUCUUAUGCCAAUAGUUCUAUUUCAGAAAUAAAUAAGGGUUGAUUCUUAUUAUUCGGUAAAACCAUUCAAAUUUUUAAAUUCUAUGCUACUUCGAGUAUGAUAGAAUCAACCCUAAUUUUUACAAGACUUAUAGGAAUAUGCAAACAUGUAACAAAUACGUGCCCUUGGAAAAAUACUUUAGGAUAUAGAACCAGGGGCGGCUUAGCUAUUUAGCUUAAUCUUUAUAUUUCUUGGAUGGAUUGCUUGGAAGUAAUGUAUAAUAGUAAAAAUCGUGCAACAGGCAACGCCACGCGAAUAAUGCUAGCAAUAUAUAACAUAAUAUAACAAUUUAUAAAUAAUUAAUCCAACAAAUUUGAUAGGGGAUCAUCUUUAGUUUCCACGUUUUCCAGUUUCUUUAUUAUUGGCUUAUUCGUCUUUUCGAACGGUUUAGAAAUG